CCUCAGCUGGCCGGGCAGCGCGUCGGCGCAGACCUCCGCCCCGGCCACCGGCACGGCCUCCACCAUGGCGGGCAGCGACCUCACGCUGCGCGAGCUCACGCACCCGCAGUACAACGAGCCCCUGCAGAAGCACAACAGCGUCACCUUCCGCCUCGUCCGAACAGUGUCCGACUUCACCACGGAGCUGUCGCAGCUCUACGAGCGCCACGCGGAGGAGCUGCAGAUGCUGGUGGCGGGCUACAGGAAGAGGAACGCAGACCUCCGCAAGGACAGAGGGGCGUGCCAGUCGACGCUGUUCCAGACGUGGGACAUCCUGCUGCAGGAGGUGGAGAAGGACUCGCAGACGCACAGCGACAUCGCCUCCGUGCUGGGCAGGCAGGUGGCUCGUCCGCUGCUCGAGAAGACCUUCCACCGGAAGAUCCAAUCCCGAAAAGUAUUCGCGACCCGCGAGGCCUACGAGCAGUUCGUGGCCAAGGCGGAGGAGAAGCUUGUCAAGGCGCGCCAGGACUACAAGAACGCGUACAUGUCGUACAUGGCGUCGCCCAACACUGCCGCGCUCGCCUCCUACUUCGACGCCCACAACGCGUACGUGACGCAGCUGCACGCCACCAACGGCAUCCUGGAGCACUUCGGCACCGAGACGCUGCCCACCCUCAUGCAGGAGCUGGAGGACAUCUACUCGGACCUGUGCGCCACCAUGACGGACGCGGCGCUGCAAGGGGCCGAAGUCAUCUCCUCCAGGGCGCAGGACCAGCAGCGGCGCUACGACGGCCUGGCCUCCAUGUGCCGGUCCGCGUCCGCGCAGGCCGACGUGGCGCAAAUCGUCAAGACGCUGGCGCCGCAGGGCGCGCACCCGCACCCCGUCGUCCGGAGGCACUUCUCGGCGCCGCACGUGCCGCCGCCCGACGUGGACCCCGGCGGGCCCGGCGGCGACCUGGGGAACACGAUGCUGCCGCCGGCCCUGAAGAACGAGCUGGUGCUGGACCGGCUGGCCAGCAUCCAGGUGCGCGCGCAGUUCGAGGGGCUGCGCAAGGAGGGCCAGGACCUGGACGUGCAGUGCAAGCAGCUGCAGGACGCGCUGGACACGCUAUACCGCAUGCAGCAGAGGUCUCUGGAGUCAGCGCUGUUCAACAAGGCCAACGAGCUCCAGGACGAGAUCGGCGUCAAGAAGUACGACCUCAGAGUGGCGCAGAUGCAGCUGGCCGCGGUUCGCUCCCAGCGCGAGCUGUUCGGGGCGAAGGUGGAGAGCGCGUCGGACGCGCGAGAGCGCAAGAUGUCGUCCUCCUCGACGGGCUCCAUGAAGAGCAAGUGGCUCAAGGCCUUCAAGUCCCUCAAGACGACGACCAGCAGCAGCAGCGCCAGCAACGCACAGAGUGCCAACCCCGCCAGGGAGUCGGAGAGAAAGAAUCAAAUGUACCACGCGGUCUCCACCAUCAUGGCAAUGAGGAAAAACGGACGCGACGCCGCGCUCGCCAACGUGGAGAUGGGAGUGCACGACUUCCAGGAGUACACCUACAAGAAGAUCACUCCCUGCGACGUGUGCUCGCAAGUGCUGAGAGGCCACGCCCGCCAGGGGGUCAAGUGCCGUCUGUGCAAGAUGAACAUCCACGUGGACUGCAGGGAGCGGGUGGGGCGGUGCACUGCCAAGGGCAGACUGCUCCGCAGGCAGAAGUCAUCGUCCGAGAUCGAGUCGCGGCUCAACCAGGACCAGCAGGAUGAGACGCCGCACAGUCCGCGCCGCCAGAAGCUCAACCUGCGGAUGAAGUCGCUGUCGCUGGACUCGCCCGAGUCGACGGAGCACGCGCGGCGCGGCCGGCCCGCCAACAGCCAGCACCACGGCGGCACCAGCAGCGCCGGCAGCGGGCCCCACGACCCGCACAGCGGGCCCCACAGCGGGCCGCACUCCAGCCACUCGUCCUCGUCCAGGCUGCAGUCCCAUUCGUACGCCGAUUUCUCUAAGCCUACACCUUUCAGCUACCCUUCACAUCUACAAGAGUCGUCCUUUCGAUUGUGGUCUUUAGGCCGCCGGAGAGCCGUUUACCUGCAGCAUGGCCGCUCUUGGUCAACGCCGUCAAGCCCCGGCCACACGCGCCGGCACCUGUCCGCCCGCAACAUGCGCAUGAGCUCGGUGGAGCUGCCGGACGACAACGACAAGUCCCAGUCGUCGGCGUCCACGUCGCCCUGCCCCAGCCCGGUAAGGGACUCGCGCGUUCCCGGCCAGAAACGCCUGCUGCCGACCAACCUGUACGUCGUGCUGUUCAACUUCAAGGCUAGGCACCAGGACGAGCUGGACCUCAAGGCGGGCUACAAGGUGACGGUCAUCGACUCGACGGACCUGGACUGGUGGAAGGGCAAGUGCCUGGGCCGCUUCGGCUUCUUCCCCUCCAAGUACGUGACCAAGCUGCAGCCGGGCGAGCGGCCCCUCCAAGUGACGCACAACCUGCAGGUCGCCGACGGCGAGGAAGGACUCACCCUCCUCAGGGACCAGAUAGUGAUUCAGGUGGGGGAAGAGCUCGACGGAAUGGUGAUGAUUAGAAGCGGCGACAAUCGGCAGGGCGUGUGUCCCCUCAAGUUCCUCCAAGAGGUAUGACCGACGCCGGCGGGCAGGGCCUCUGUUGGCCAGGGCCAAUGGCAGCCGC